AUGCAUUGGUUGACUUUCGACCACUGGCAUCCCCCCCGCAUUUUCGCCUUCCUCAUUCCCCUCCUCCUCAGUCGCUUGCUCGCUGUCGUCGCCGCUGUCGACGUUGAGGUCGUCGAUGUUGGUGUUGCGUCGUCGUCGUCGCCAUCAUCCUCGCCAUCGUCGUCAACAUCAUCGACCCCCCCUCCCCCUCUUCAGUCAACAUCGUCGACGUCGACCUCACCGACUCCCCUCUCAGGUGCGUUUCCUUUUUGGGAUGGUGGUUCUCGAGUUGCUAUAUAUUGGCUCGGUCCUUCCACCUUUCCCUCAUGUUCUUCGUCCCCUUUCUCGCUUAUCCUCUCUUACAUCCUCACCCAUCGUGGUCUUCCAUCAUCGCCGAGUCCUCAUCGACCCUCGCCUACCCUUACCUACACUCACCAACCCUCACCUAUCCUCAUUGACCCUCGCCCACCAUCGUCCAUCCUUACCGACCCUUCCUCAUCCUCAUCCACUCUUACCUACCCACAGUCACCCUCACCCAUCCUCACCGACACUCGCCCUCGUAGGGCUCAGUACCUCUUCGGAGGGAAGCCAACAGACGCUCGGAAGGCGUGUCGGGCUGUGUUUCUAUGUGUGAGUGUGACCUCAAGAUCCCCUUGGCAGAGCGUUGACCUUGUCGCGGUCAGGGGGCUUAGUACCUCCUCGGAGGGAAGCCAACAGACGCUCGCAAGGCGUGCGGUUGUGGGGGCUCAGUACCUCUUCGGAGGGAAGCUAACAGACGCUCGCAAGGAUUCGAGUGUGGUUCUGUUUUCUUCAAAGGUUUAUGGGCUGGGGCUGGGCUGUCUAGAGCUAGGCGACAUCGACAUCGACCUCACGACCGAGCUCAAGCACGACUUCAACAUCGACCUCACGACCGAGCUCAAGCACGACGUCGACACCGAGCUCCAAAGGGCUUCAAGACCGGUCCCCUGGUAUAGCGUCGACCUUGUCGUGGUCCAGGGGCUCUAG